CUUGUAUUUCUUAACCUCCUCCUCCUCAUCAUCUCUCUCUCUCUCUUUCUCUCUCCGCUCCCUGUAUUGUCAAUACAUCUCUAUAUAUACACUCACAUAGCCUCGCCUUUAAUCAUCCCACUUCAUCUCUCACACUCCUGCAGAGACGCCAGAGAGAUCGAAGAAGAAGAUGUGGAGGCUGAAGAUAGCAGAAGGAGGGAGGGACUUAGUGUCGGUGAACAACUUUGUGGGAAGGCAGCACUGGGAAUUCGAUGCAGGAGCAGGCACUGCUGAAGAACGCGCGCAGAUUGAAUCACUUCGCCAUCAUUUCAAACUCAAUCGCUUUCGUGUCAGGCAAAGCGCUGACCUUUUGAUGCGCCUCCAGCUGAGAAAGGAGAAUCCAAGUAGGGCGAUUCCAGAAGCAGUAAAAGUGGGAGAUGCGGAGGAGAUCACAGAGCAAGCAGUGAUAACGACAAUGAGAAGGGCCAUCAGUUUCUAUUCCACCAUUCAAGCCCAUGAUGGUCACUGGCCUGCUGAAUCUGCUGGCCCACUCUUCUUCCUUCAGCCCUUGGUGAUGGCUCUGUAUAUAACAGGAUCCCUUAAUGCAGUAUUAGGGCCAGAACAUCAGAAGGAGAUCAUACGGUACUUGUAUAAUCAUCAGAACGAAGAUGGAGGAUGGGGAUUCCACAUAGAGGGGCACAGCACCAUGUUUGGGUCAGCACUGAGCUACAUAGCAUUGAGGAUUCUGGGACAGGGUCCCGAAGAUGGUGAAGACAGAGCUAUGGCUAGAGGCAGACAAUGGAUCCUUGACCGUGGUGGCCUAGUCGCUAUUCCCUCUUGGGGAAAGUUCUGGGCCACGGUACUAGGUGUAUAUGACUGGUCAGGAUGCAACCCUCUUCCACCAGAGUUCUGGCUUCUUCCUAAGAGCGCUCCGUUUCAUCCGAGCAAAAUGCUGUGCUAUUGUCGCCUGGUUUACAUGCCUAUGUCAUAUUUAUAUGGCAAGAGGUUUGUGGGUCCUAUCACUAGCUUAAUCAAAUCAAUAAGAGAAGAAUUGUACAACCAACCUUAUGACCAGAUCAACUGGAAUAAAGCCCGAAACAUGGUUGCAAAGGAGGACCUGUACUAUCCGCACCCACUUAUUCAAGAUAUGUUGUGGGGAUUUCUUCAUCACGUAGCAGAGCCCAUUCUGAAAUGCUGGCCUUUUUCCAUGCUGAGAGAGAAGGCAAUUGAAACCGCAAUCAAUCAUGUCCGCUAUGAGGAUGAGAACAGUAGAUACCUUUGCAUUGGCAGCGUAGAAAAGGUGUUAUGUUUGAUAGCCCGUUGGGUUGAAGACCCCAACUCAGAGGCAUACAGACUUCAUCUGGCCAGAAUUCCUGAUUACUUCUGGCUCGCUGAGGACGGCUUGAAAAUCCAGAGUUUUGGGUGUCAAAUGUGGGAUGCAGCGUUUGCUAUACAAGCAAUCCUUUCUUGUAAUCUGAAUGAAGAAUAUGGACCUACACUUCGAAAAGCACAUGACUUUGUGAAGGCUUCACAGGUGCGAGACAACCCUUCAGGUGACUUCAAAGCCAUGUUCAGACACAUAUGCAAAGGAUCAUGGACAUUCUCAAUGCAAGAUCAUGGUUGGCAAGUCUCUGAUUGCACAGCAGAAGGACUCAAGGCUGCACUCUUGUUCUCUCAAAUGCCUACUGAUCUAGUAGGGGAGAAAAUGGAAACACAACGCUUCUAUGAUGCUGUUAAUGUCAUCCUUUCUCUGCAAAGUAGCAAUGGUGGAUUCCCAGCUUGGGAACCUCAGAGGGCCUACCGUUGGUUAGAGAAAUUUAAUCCAACAGAAUUCUUUGAAGACACUCUAAUUGAGAUGGAGUAUGUGGAGUGCACAGGGUCAGCAAUACAGGGUUUGGCGCUCUUUAGAAAGUUGUACCCAAAGCAUAGAAGAACAGAAAUAGAUCACAGUAUUGCUAAAGCAAUUCAAUACCUUGAAGACAAACAAAAUCCUGAUGGUUCAUGGUACGGCUGUUGGGGAAUAUGUUACACAUAUGGUACCUGGUUUGCUGUAGAGGGACUAACGUCCUGUGGGAGAAAUUACCAGAACUGUGAGGCUUUGCGCAAAGCUUGCCAGUUUUUGUUGUCAAAGCAGCUACCUAAUGGUGGCUGGGGAGAGAGCUACCUGUCAAGUCAAAAUAAGGUUUACACGAAUAUAGAAGGCAACCGUGCAAACUUAGUUCAGACUGCAUGGGCUCUAUUAUCACUCAUUGAUGCUGGGCAGGCUGAGAUAGAUCCAACACCUAUACACCGCGGAAUAAGGCUAUUGAUCAAUUCACAAAUGGAAGAUGGAGACUUCCCACAGCAGGAGAUCACCGGAGUAUUUAUGAGGAACUGUACCUUGAACUACUCGUCUUACCGGAACAUCUUUCCGAUCUGGGCUCUUGGAGAAUAUCACCGACGAGUCCUCUAUGCAUAGAACCUUCAAUAAAAUCUCUCAAUUUGGUGUAGAAGCCAAGUACAGAUCCUUCCCGGAUGUCCCCCGUACUUCGUGUACUAAAAUAAGAUACAAGCGGUGCCGUCAAAAUAUAGUACUCCAUAAGUUCACUCAGGAAAAAAACAAAACAAAACAAAACAAAACAAACAAACGAAGAAAUUAUAGCGCUUCAUAAGAAAUUAAGAUUAUAUAGAUAUAUAUAUUGUAAUGAUUCAUAAGAAUAUAUGUAACUUCUGUGUGUAAUUGCUGUAAUGUACUGUAACGUUCCCAGAAUAUAAAUGUUACAAUAUUCCUUGCAA